AUGUUUCUGUCAGUCCUGCGCAGACACAGAAGGACACACCCAGGGAACAACCCAUAUGUUUGCAGUGAGUGUGGCCAAGGGUUUGCUCAGAAGUCAUACUUAUUGGGCCACAAAAGAACACACUCAGGGGAAAAGCCCUAUGUUUGCAAUGAGUGUGGACUAGGAUUUGCUAAGAAGUCAACCUUGUUGUCUCACCAAAGGACACACUCAGGGGAAAAGCCAUAUGUUUGCAGUGAGUGUGGACGAGGAUUUGCUCAGAAGUCAACCUUGUUGUCUCACCAAAGGACACAUUCAGGGGAAAAGCCAUAUGUUUGCAGUGAGUGUGGACGAGGAUUUGCUAAGAAGUCAACCUUGUUGUGUCACCAAAGGACACACUCAGGGGAAAAGCCAUUUGUUUGCAGUGAGUGUGGUCAAGGGUUUUCUCAGAAAUCAAACUUGUUGGGCCAUGAAAGAACACACUCAGGGGAAAAGCCAUAUCUUUGCAAUGAGUGUGGACGAGAGUUUGCUUAUAAGUCAACCUUCUUGUGCCACCAAAGCACACACUCCGUGAAAAAGCCAUAUGUUUGCAAUGAGUGUGGCCGAGGGUUUGCUCGUAAGUCAACCAUGUUGCGCCACCAAAGGACACACUCAGGGGAAAAGCCAUAUGUUUGCAGUGAGUGUGGCCGAGGGUUUGUUGAUAAGUCAUACUUGUUGUGCCAUGAAAGAACACACUCAAAGGAAAAGCCGUAUGUUUGCAGCGAGUGUGGCCGAGGGUUUACUCGUAAGUCAAAUUUGUUGUGCCACCAAAGGACACACUCAGGGGAAAAGCCAUAUGUUUGCAGUGAGUGUGGCCGAGGGUUUGCUCAGAAGUCAAACUUGUUGUGCCAUCAAAGGAAACAUUCAGGGGAAAAGCCAUUUGUUUGCAGCGAGUGUGGCCGAAGGUUUGCUUAUAAAAGGAACCUUCUCCCACACCAGAGGACACACUCAGGGGAGAAAUCAUACGUUUGUAAUGUAUAUGGGCAAGGGUAUGCUCAGACUUCAGGCUUGCUCUAUCCCCAGAAGACACAUUCAGAUUACAGAAAGCUUGUAAGCCUGUCUUCAGUCUAUGACUGA